AUGGCUUCCGAGGCCAAACCCGCCAAAGCCACCAAGGCCGUCAAGGCUGACAAGGCCGACAAGUCUGACAAGUCGGACAAGUCCAAGGUGCACAAGCUCGCUUUAAAGGGCAGCGCAAAGCUCGUCGCCGAGUUUGUCAGUUUUCUCUUCCUCGCCCGAACUUCCAACGAGGCGUCUAUCCCGCAGAAGACUUCUCAGCUCUCCUCGGACGACCAGGUCAGAGCCUACAUCAAAAAGAUCAUGGGCCAGCUCGACCGCUGGAUGCUCCGCGGCAAGAUCUCCAAGCUCGUCAUCGUCAUCACCGACAAGGACACGGGCGAGCACGUCGAGCGCUGGCAGUUCGACGUCGAAAUCUUUGGCAAGGCCUCAAAGGCGUCCAAAUCCUCCAAGACCUCCAAGACCUCGUCGUCGUCCAAGUCGGCCGACCAGGAAAACGACGCGCCCGCAGCAGAGGCCGACGCCACCCCCGAAAAGACGGAGCAGGAGAUCCAGGCCGAGAUCGCCGCCAUCUUCCGCCAAAUCACCGCCUCCGUCACCUUCUUGCCGCAGCUCAACGGCGACUGCACCUUCAACGUGCUCGUCUACGCCGACGCCGACUCCGAGGUGCCCGUCGAGUGGGGCGACAGCGACGCAAAGGAGAUUGUCAACGGCGAGCGCGUCCAGCUGCGCGGCUUCAGCACAAGCAACCACCGUGUCGACACCCUCGUCAGCUACCGCCUGGCCGAAUGA